UACCUGUUAUUCUUUUGAUUAAAUCAUGUUCAGAACUUUCUUAAUUUAUUUUGGGAUAAUGUUAAAUUUCACCUCUUUCAUGCAAAAGAGACCUCCACAAAAAGACAAAUAUCAAACAAGCCGGGUCAAAUUGUUCAGAAUAAACGUGGAAAAGAAAAUAUUGCUCUGAAUGAUCAACACGAUCAAUCUGGUAUUGUUGAGAAUAAACGUGGAAAAGAAAAUAUUGUUCUGAAUGAUCAACACGACCAAUCUGGUAUUUAAUUUUAUUUUUGCAUUGUAAUACUGCAAUCUAUGUGACAUAUGUGGUUUUGUAUCUGAGAUUCUUGCAUCAAUGCUUUGUAAUUUCUAGAUAAAAGCUUUGAAGAAGUGUCUAUGGCAGAGUUUGUCUCAAGGAUUAAUACGGAAAAGAGCAAAACUGGAACAGGGAAUAUUGGAUUAAAACGUAGUGCCACAAGUACUCCAAACAAAAAUGGUGUAUGUACAUCAAAACCAAAUUGUUCUAAAACAGUCGAAGAGAAUGUAAAUAAUGACGAGAUUCCAGUCUCACGUGAAGAUGAUUUUGAUUGUCAUGAUGAUAAAAAAAAAGAUAUGUCCGACAGGACAUAUGAGCCGCAUAUGGAUAUGGAUAGGGAUUCAUCUGUUUCGAGUUCAGAAGCUGACGAAAACACAAGUCUGGAGAACAUAACUGAAGAGGAAGAACCAAAUGAGGACGAUCCAGUUCAAACAGAUACAGCCGCCGACACAGAUGGAAGAAAAACAGGCAUCAUAGGUACCAUUUACUAUAUUCAUGAGUACAAUAUUAUUUGUAUAGUUUGA